AUGUCGGACGACUCAAACUGCGGUGCUGGUGGCGGCUCUACAGACUACACGGGCCUCCGCAUCGCCUCCAUCUUCGUCAUCUGGGUCGGCAGCUCAGCAGGAGCGCUUUUUCCCGUGCUCGCAAAACGAACGCCUUGGUUAGGCGUACCUCCAGCAUUAUUCGACUUCGCAAAAUACUUCGGAUCGGGUGUAAUCAUCGCAACAGCAUUCAUCCACCUCUUAUCCCCUGCCCUAGAAGAGCUUGGCUCUCCAUGUCUAUCAGAGGCAUGGUCAGAAUACCCCUACGCCCUCGCAAUCGCACUCGCAUCAAUAUUCUUCAUCUUUAUCGUGGAACUCUUGGCCUUCCGCAUUGGAACCGCGAGGUUGCGAAAACUUGGCGUACAUCACGAUGUCCACGGACACGGUCUCGGUGGCCACUCAGCGCACGGCCCGGAAGCCGCUGGCCAGUCGCGUGAAGCUACGCCCGGUCUGGAAGAUAUCCAAGAAGUGCUGCCAGCGUCCGACGCGGAGAGCCAGAUUGCUGUGACGGAGAAGAAGCAAUCGCAUUCCCACGCACACGCCGCCCACGACGACGGGGACGACGAUGACGAGCACUCGCACGAAGUCGCCGCUCAGGUCAUUGGCAUCGGAAUCCUCGAAUUCGGUGUUAUCUUGCACAGUGUCCUUAUCGGCCUAACCCUCGCGGUUGACCCCAAUUUCAAGGUCCUCUUUGUCGUCCUUGUUUUCCAUCAAACAUUCGAGGGACUCGCGCUCGGUUCAAGACUAGCGUUCAUGCAGCUGCCUCCAAGACACAAUUAUAUACCCAUGGCGGCCGCAGCGCUAUACGGGCUGACCACACCCAUCGGCAUUGCCGCAGGAUUGGGGGUGCGCACCUCGUAUAACCCCGGCAGCGCCGAGGCGAGCAUCGUCUCCGGAAUCCUCGACGCGACCAGCGCAGGGAUCUUGAUCUACACCGGCCUCGUUGAGCUGCUUGCACACGAUUUCUUGUUCAGCCGGGAAAUGCGCGAAGCAAGUAACGGCAAGGUCAUGUAUGCGGUCGGGUGUAUGUGCGCUGGGUGCGCGCUCAUGGCUCUCCUUGGGCGUUGGGCAUAG